AUGUCAUUCCUGACCUCCCUCCGCCCCACCUCCUCCUCCACCCUCCUCCGCCUCCAAACCGCCCGCCGCCCUUUCUCGACCUCCCCCGCCUCCCGCCUCGCCCGCAUGAUCAUCGUCGGCCGUCUCGCCGACGCCCCGGAAAUCGUCGCGACGAGCGGGGGGCAGGACAUGCUCAGGUACGCGCUGGCGACGAACCACGGGCCCAAAGACAACAGGCAGACGAGUUGGUGGAAGGUCGCGUCGUUCUUGCCCGAGGGCGGGGCGAGGGACCACUUGAUGGCGUUGGGGAAGGGCUCCCUCGUAUACGUCGAAGGCGACUGCAGCAUGAACAAGUUCCAAAACAAGGAUGGGAUCGCCUCCAGCGCGUUGAGUAUCGUGCAGAGGAAUUUUGAAAUCCUGGACCGUAGGGAUCCGAGGGCUGAGGGACAGAUUGAGGGCGAGUAG